AUGGGACUCGGCGCCGUGUUCAGCCUCGGCCUCGUCGCUCUGGUCGCCUUUUUGGCUGGCCCAAUAAGUCAUUUCGUGCAAAUUGCUGGAGUUUUCCUCACUCCCAAUUCGACAGUGCUCGGUGAGGGCCAAGGCCCAAUAUAUAUUGAAGAUACCGUUCACUGCGAGGAUGUGCAUCAUUACCGCCCGGCGAACCUGCUGUUCACUGCCUGCGAAGACGACAAGAGCACGCGGUUCAGCUGGUUUCCACCCAUAGGCAAUUUACUGCCACUCAUGACCCAGGGCUCUAUCCAUGUCGUGGAUCCCAAGACUAUGAAAUCAACUCGUCUGGCAUUCGAGAACUUCCAAAGUCCCUUCCUGACGCAUGGAAUCGAUGUGAUUGGAGAUCCCGAGCAGUCAGACGCAGUCUACAUCUAUGCCGUCAAUCAUAUACCAAACCCGGCUUACUUCGAAGCCGGCGAGCUCAAAGAUGUCGCCAAAUCCCAAUCUCAGAUUGAGCUCUUUCACCACGUCCUGAACUCCGAUUCCGUCCGUCAUGUACGCUCAAUCAAGCACCCGCUCAUCAAAACCCCCAACGACAUCUAUGCCUUCAGCCCGGUCUCCUUCUAUGUCACCAACGACCACUUCCAUCGCGACGGGCCCAUGCGGCUCAUUGAAGACGUCUGGCGUUCAGCCAAGUGGUCCAACAUCAUACAUGUGCAGAUCGCCGACUUGGCAAGCAAAGACGCUCCUAUCGACACAACCAUCGCAUUGACAGGUCUCUGGAACAACAACGGCCUCGGACACGGCCGCACCGACAACGAAGUCAUCAUUUCCAGCGCUAUGGGCGGCGAGGUCUUCCUCGCAACCCGACACGAGUCGAACCACUCGAUCUCCAUCAAUACCUCGGUCUCCGUUGGUACUCUCGCGGAUAACCCGUCUUACUAUGAUGAUCCAUACCGUGACGACUCGCAUGAUGCGAGUGGAUACCUUGUGGCCGGUGCCUCGCAGGCUCUUCGCAUGGUGGAGAAUUCUAAGGAUCCGAAUGCUGCGAUUCCUCACCCAGUCCAGGUGUGGUAUACGACCCUCGAUUCAAAUUCUGGGGUCUGGCAGAAAAGGCUGCUGUUUGAGGAUGAUGGGUCGAGGAUUAGCACCGCGAGUGCGGCUGUUUUGGUGCCCAUUGAGCCGAAGGAUGGUAAAAAGCUUGCAUGGCUCUUUGUGACAGGGUUUAUGUCGGAUAGUAUGGUGGCCGUACAGGUUCAACUGUAA